AUGGCUCCCGACAACCCAGUCCAACUUUCCAAAGAUGACCUCGACAUCAACGUACCUGACUUUGUUAACCGUUCUGGAGUCUUCCCGUUACACGACGUUUACGGAAAUAGUUUCGCAAGUAUCGGAAGUAUUUCCAAUUUCACAUUUGGAAAGUUCCGGGUCUGCUAUGAUCAGAAUAGGAUGCCUACACCGUACGGUCUGGGUAACGCUCGAAUUAUGACCAACCAUGCAAUAUCCGACCUGGCGUUCGUACACGCAUUACAAGGGAAGAUGGCUGUCCAGGAAACUUCUCGUCAAGGGAUCCCUGUAGCCCCAGCACUGGACCUUACAGCUUUCCAAAAUUCCUACUUCACCAGAGGCAAUGGCACUUCACGCGAAGAAGCGACAAUGCCUCUCACUGCGUCCAUUGUUCCUUUGAUGAACCAGAAACCGCAAAUUACCAGGAAUGGGUGA